AUGGCUCUUUCUUUCGCAAAGAUUUUUGUGCUUGCUCUGGCGAUUUCUUUCUCAUAUUGUGAAAAAAGUUCAACAAAGGUAUAUUCUACGGAUGAAAAACACGAACAAGGAAAGCUGUCUCUCCAGAAGAGAAGUGUUUAUUCAAACCCUUUGAUGGUUUACCGCUGUUCUCUUCCUCUUGGUUUGGAAAACGGUCAUGUACCAGACGCCGCAUUUUCUGCUUCUUCAAGUGCAAACAGCAAACAUGGUCCAGCACGUUCCAGAUUGAACAUACAGUCAAACAGUAAAGGGUACGGAGCCUGGUCAGCGGGUGCUAAUAAUGGCAAACAGUGGCUUCAGAUAGACUUCGGGGAACUGGUGCGAGUGACCAAGGUGGCAACGCAGGGGCGUCAAGACUCAGGCCAGUGGGUAACGAAGUACACUCUGUCCUAUAGUGUAGAUGGGAUGCACUGGGCCGAGUAUAAAGAAAAGAGUGUCACAUGGGUAUUUCCAGCUAACAAGGACAGAAAUACAGUUGUGGAGCAUCUUCUUCUCUCGCCAUUUGAUGCUCGCCUUAUCCGAUUUCACCCAAAGACCUACCGUGGAUACACAUCUAUGCGAGCAGAGGUUUAUGGCUGUAGGAAGGUUCACAGCUGCUCCGUACCACUGGGUGUGGAGGAUGAACGGAUUCCUGACAGUGCAUUUACUGCGUCAGGUAGCUAUGACAAUCGUCACCGGCCCUCACUUGCGAGACUGAACCUCUUAUCGGAUGGCAAGCACGUGGGAGCCUGGUGCCCCAAGCUAAAGAGCCGCAACCAAUGGCUUCAAAUAGACUUGGGAGAAAUUACCGCAGUGACCAAAGUGGCAACUCAAGGCCGAUAUAACAGUGAAGACAGAACUAGAACAUUCACUCUUUCAUACAGUGUGGACGGACUACAUUGGACGAGUUACAAACAACGUGCUGUGGAGAAAGUGUUCGCAGGAAAUACGGACAGAAACACUGCCAUCAUACACUCCCUAAAACCUCACAUCGAGGCUCGCUGCAUCCGGUUUCAUCCAAGGGCACACAAUCAUAACGUACCUUGCCUAAGAGUUGAGUUGUAUGGGUGUCGUAAAGUUAAGAACUGUUUUAUGGCUGUGGGAGUGGAAGACGGAAGAAUUCCUGAUGAAGCAUUUACAGCUUCAUCUUCAGCCAGUGGUAAAUACCUUCCAAACAGAGGUAGACUUAACUUACCACCAAGUGGAGGGAAGUAUUGUUGGGCAGCUGGACAGAAUAAUGCUAAUCAGUGGCUACAGGUAAAUCUUGGACGUCUGUUCAACGUACGAGGCGUGGCCACUCAGGGUCGACACGAUUCCAAUCAGUGGGUGACAAGCUUCUCAUUGUCCUACACUGCAGAUGACUUUAUGUGGGUUUUUAUCAAGGAAAACAGCCAAGUGAAGACAUUCCUGGCAAACAGCGACAGGACAACAGUUGUCAAACAUGUCUUCAGCCCGCAUAUCAGAGUGUUUGCCAGAAGCGUUCGUUUCCAUCCGAAAGGUUGGCAAAGCCACAUCUCCAUGCGAGUGGAGAUUUAUGGUUGCAAAGAAGCCUGA